AUGAUUGCAGUCUCCUUUUCUGUCCUCUCAGCUGUGGUGUUGGGAAUCUUCAUUAAACACCAGGACACUCCCAUUGUCAAAGCCAACAACAGAAACCUCACCUAUAUGCUUCUCCUUGCUCUCCUGCUCUCCUUCCUUUGCACUCUGCUCUUCGUUGGGCAACCUGAUCAAGUGAAAUGUCUCCUGCGACAAAUUACUUUUGGCAUCACUUUCUCUAUAGCCCUUUCUUGUAUUUUGGGUAAAACAACCAUAGUAGUGCUUGCUUUCAUGGCCACCAAGCCAGGCUCCAAAAUGAGGAAAUGGGUGGGGAGAAGGAUGGCCAACAUGAUUCUCCUAUCUGUCUUCAUGGUUCAGUUCACCAUCUGCAUAGUGUGGUUGGCAAUUUCUCCCCCAUUUCCAGAUUCAGACAUGCACUCCAUAGUUGAAGAAAUUGUCUUGGAAUGUAAUGAAGGAUCAACCACGAUGUUUUAUACUGUCCUUGGCUGUAUGGGCUUCUUGACAGCUGUCACCUUCACGGUAGACUUCUUGGCUAGGAAUUUACCUGACAGCUUCAACGAAGCCAAAUUCAUCACCUUCAGCAUGUUGGUCUUUUGCAGUGUCUGGGUGUCAUUUGUUCCCACUUACCUGAGCACCAAGGGGAAAUAUGUGGUUGCUGUUGAAAUCUUCUCCAUUUUGGCUUCAGCGGCUGGAUUACUGGGCUGCAUAUUUUCCCCCAAGUGCUAUAUCAUUAUUCUGAGACCUGAUCUGAAUACAAAGGAGCAACUAAAAAAGAAGUGA